GGAACGAGUUCAGUAGUCUCGUGGCUUGUGCUGGUGUUGGUCGGACGAGUGAGCUGUGUCCAGGAUCAAGCUCCAGGGGAUGGUGUAGCGAUAUGCACCGAUGAGAUCGUUAAUGGAGAGCCGAACCCGUUCUUUGCCAACCGCCCAGUGUAUUCUGCUAAUGAACGACCUCUCAUGGACUCCAGGGACUAUAACCGCCUGCUUCAGGAAAGUGGCGAUGCGUAUGUACCAUGGCAAAGCCUGGAUAGAGACAACAACAAUACAUACAUGGUUGCAACUGAGUGGACUCAAACUUCGUCAGCCACAUGUGCUGGGAUAGUGACAGUGUGUGGAUUCAGUGAGGGAGCUCAAGAGAACUGGCUCAUCACACAGCACAUCAACACAGUGCUACCAGGAGGAGGAGGAGAGAGACUGAGGAAAGUGACUGUUCAGUUGGAGGGAACUCUCAAUGGAUGUGAUAUCAGUAGACAGUGUAGGCAGAGUUUUGAACUAUACAAGUGGGAGACUUCAGCCAUUGAUAGAAAUGGAGCAACUAACACCAUCAAUUAUGUCAGAGUUGGUCGAGUCUCUCCCUCUGUUACUAGUGGAGUAAUGUCGUUUGUUGACUCUCAUGAUAUUGAAUUGGGCACCACAGGUGGUUUUUACUUGGGAGUUGUUGACUUGACCACUUGUGUUACUCUCACAAGAAUUCUAAUUCUCUACUAUGUGUGUCCAGAGGAGACAUCAGAGCUCAUCUCCAGACCUGAAUCCCAGUCUCUGGAAGGCUCACCUUCAGUGGAGAGAGUGUGUGUAGAGAACAGUUCCACAGAGUCUGGGGCUAAUCCUAUUCUCAUAUGUGGUGCUAGGGGAGAGUGGCAGGUGAUAAAACCUUGUCUCUGUAAUCCUGGAUAUCAGCUGGACAGUAGUCAAGAUAUGUGCUCAGAAUGCCCAGAGGGAACCUUCUCAUCAGGACUCGGCAAUGGACCAUGUGAGACAUGUCCAGCUAACAGUGAGGGGACUGGAACUGCUCUGAGCCUCUGUCCAUGUCUCCAGGACAACUACAGAGCUCCUUAUGAGGGGCCGUCUGUCCCCUGUACACAGUCUCCAGGACCUCCGUCUGAUUUCAGAGUGUCAAAUGUGACUAACACAUCAGCUGUCCUCUCCUGGUCUCCUCCUAAUGAUAGUGGAGGGAGACCUCUCUAUGAGAUUCUGUACACCAUUACUGCCAUGGGUGAGUAGGCAGUGAAGGAGUGACAGUUGUGCUAUCAGAGGUGAAUGAUACAGAGACCAUUGUGACUGGACUGACUCCUGGUGUCCUCUACACAUUCUCUGUAGCUAUCUGCCGAGAAUCAUGUCUCCUCUCAGGACAACGAUAUCAAUGGCAGAACUCUGAGUACCACUGCCACUAUCGAGGAGGGAGUUGGAGGGACAGUGACGGAGUUUGUGGUGGGAGAGAACGGAGUGCUGAGCUGGUCUCCUCCAGUUCCUCCCAAUGGACUCAUUCUCUACUACAAUGUCAUCAUAUCGUCGUCACCCCACUCUGGGGAACUGGUGGCCAGAAUAUACGAUGAGUUGAAUGAUACUUGUAUCGACCUGUAUCAAUGUUGUGGAGAUGUUGGUGGAAUCUUUAACAUUAAGGU